CAAGCUAUUCUCUGCCUUCCAUACACAAUCACUAUGGCAUAUUCCCUACCUCUAUAAAUAAGUGUAACACAAAUUAUUAUUACUAUUAUGUUGGCUUUUUGAGGCAGUUUCUCUGCAGCUUUGGAGCCUGUCUUGGAACACAAAUUAUUUUUAAGAAUAAAACUCUUACAUUGAAGCAUGAGUAAAGGUAGGCACUGGGAGGCCAGGAAGAAGGAACUUGGCAAUAAUCCUCCUGUCUCUGCUUCUUGAGUUCUGGGAUUAUAGGCAUGAGCUGUCACAUAGGGUUUAUUUGAUUCAGGGAAAGGAACCCUGGGCUCUGCAUGCCAGGCAUGUGCUCCAAUAUUCUUUUCUAUUAUUUUUUUUCUUUAUUUUACUUCUUGAAACAGGGUUUCCCUAUAUGAUGUAAGCUGGCCUUGACUUCUUGAUAUAAUCCAGACUGGCCUCAAAUUCAUGAUCCUCCCACAUCUGCCUUUUGAGUGCUGGGGAGACAGGAAGCCUUGGGAGCAAGUCCCCAAAAAGCCAAAACGGAAGAAAAGGCGGCGGCGCAACGUGAACUGCCUGAAAAACAUGGUGAUCUGGUAUGAGGACCACAAGCACCGGUGCCCGUAUGAGCCACACCUGGCUGAGCUUGACCCUACCUUUGGCCUUUACACAACGGCUGUGUGGCAAUGUGAAGCUGGCCACCGUUAUUUCCAGGACCUGCACUCUCCACUCAAGCCCUUAAGUGACUCAGAGCCUGACAGUGACAAAGUGGGCAGUGGCCUGGUGGCUGGCAGCUCGGACUCAUCCAGCUCUAGCUCCAGCUCUGACUCGGAUGAGCCUCCUGAUACCCAGCUGGCCAAAGCCUCAGCUGCGGCUGCAGCCACCCCUGCCAGCCCUACAGGCAGCAGUGGACUGAUCACUCAGGAAGGAGUUCACAUCCCCUUUGAUGUCCACCAUGUGGAGAGCCUGGCUGAGCAGGGCACCCCUCUGUGCCAAAACCCUGCAGGAAGUGGGCCCGAGGCCCUGGAGACGGUGGUGUGUGUACCAGUGCCCAUGCAAAUGGGCACUGGCUCCAGUACCCUCUUUGAGAACAUGCCCCAGGAGGCACUGGGUGAGGUGGUGGCCAGCUGCCCAGUUUCAGGCAUGGUGCCUGGCUCCCAGGUGAUCAUCAUUGCUGGUCCUGGUUAUGACACCCUUACAGCCGAGGGCAUCCACCUCAAUGUGGCUACUGGCAGUGGCACUCCCAGCAGUGGCCUGGGUGAGGAGGUACCCUGUGCCAUGAUGGAAGGUGUGGCAGCCUAUACACAAACGGAGCCCGAGGGCACCCAGCACAGCACCGUGAACACCACCUCCAUUGCCAGCAUCGAGACCAAGAAAGACACCGCCCCGUGUCACCCCGUAGAGAAGGAGGACCUGUAUAUGCUCAAGGAGGAGAAAGAGGAUUCGGUGGCCCCAGAGCUGACAGAGCUGGCAACUACCAUGCCCGAGAAUACAGAAGCAGAAGCAGAUGUGGACGGAGAGGAAUUGGACAGCAGUGACAUGUCAGCUAUCAUCUACGAGAUUCCCAAGGAGCCCGAGAAGAGACGGCGGAGCAAGCGGUCACGGGUGACAGAUGCUGACGGCCUGCUGGAGAUGUUCCACUGUCCCUAUGAGGGCUGCAGCCAGGUGUAUGUGGCUCUCAGCAGCUUCCAGAACCACGUCAACCUGGUGCACCGAAAAGGGAAGACCAAAGUGUGCCCUCACCCUGGCUGUGGCAAGAAGUUUUAUUUAUCCAACCACCUGCGGCGCCAUAUGAUCAUCCAUUCAGGCAUCCGAGAGUUCACUUGUGAGACCUGCGGCAAAUCUUUCAAGAGGAAGAACCAUCUGGAGGUGCACCGGCGCACGCACACAGGAGAGACGCCCCUGCAGUGCGAGAUUUGCGGGUACCAGUGCAGGCAGCGUGCAUCGCUCAACUGGCACAUGAAGAAGCACACGGCAGAGGUGCAGUACAACUUCACUUGCGAGCGCUGUGGGAAGCGCUUCGAGAAGCUGGACAGCGUCAAGUUCCACACGCUCAAAAGCCACCCAGACCACAAGCCUACCUGACCUGCCUGCUCCCACGGACCUCAGCCUCUAUUUAUUUGUACUCUUGGACAUCAUGCCCAGACCUGUCAGAACCCAAGACAGCCACUGGGGCUGCCCCAACCGCAGGCCGGAAGGAGGUGUUCCCCACUCCCCCUGGGCAGGUGCCCUGCCCUGUCCCUUCACGUCCCUCCCAUGGAGCUGGCACCUGGGACAACACUGCCGAACUGUGUCAAGAACACAGAAUGAGAUUAAAGUGAAAAAGGAGAUGCCCUUC